AUGAUCGAUCGUCUCCAGGAUCUUCACCGCGUUGCGGCCGCAGAGACCAACGUGGCCGAGCGGCCGGAAUCAAGCCCACAGAACUUCCUUCCAGGCGAAACCAGCAUCAGGCUGCACCAUCCCGUUUCCUGCGAGAACAGUUCGGCACUCUCUGGGUUUCCAGGCAACGCCGCAGCGGCGGCGGCGCUUCGCUAUUCCCAGGCACUCUGUGUCCGGCCGCCCGCGUCUCCCAUGGGGUCUUCAAAGAAAACGCCAUCUGUCUCUACGGCACCGUCGGAAGCCCCGGCAAAGUCGCCUCCGAUCGCGCCGUCCCCCUUUCCACCUCUGUCCUCGUUUUUCCCGUCUUCCGUCCCGUCUACUGAAGUGCACGCCGCGCCGCAGGACCAGACGACAGACCGGGAAAGACACGUCGCAGGCGACGCGUGCCCCUUUCCGGUUAACUCGCCAGAGAUGUCUUGCUCGUCGGAGACAUCAGCGGAUUCCCUCUCUGAUGCUUCUGAGUCGGGGCCUGCCUUCGGGCGGAAGCGACUUAAGGACGGGCCACAGCGCGCGCCUUGCCUGGUGGGUUCCGAGGACUCCGGCCUCUCCCCUGACGGAGGCUCUUCUCUUUUCCCUUUCCUACGGAAAGCGAAAGCCCUAAAGAUUGCGAUCAAUGAGGUCCUUCUCCAGCAACAACAAACAGGAUAUCUUCUGCUUCUGCACCCUCCAGGGGCGGCCGCUCCGCUCCAACCCUAUUGCUGCUCUGGAUGUACACCGAACGGCGGCACUGGUGGAAGCGGCCAUGCAACUCGCGACGUAGGACUCUGCUACAACUGCGAACUCGCGAACAAGGUGCAUGCGGCUCAGCAGCUGCUGCAGCGGGCACACAACGCGCUGGGACAGCUCCAACGGCAGUAUGAGGAAGAUGAACAGCGACACACGCGUUUCCAGGAGGCGCAACAGAACCAGGCCGGAUCCUUCUUGAAACACGUGCACAUGCAAAAGACUUCCGCAGCGUGUGCGGCAGAGCUCCGCAUCCGGAGAAGUGUUAUUCAGCAGCAACAGCAACAACUUCAAGUGGCUCUGGAACAGCAGCAGCAGCUCGAGCAAGAUCUCCGCGUGCGGUGGGAAGGCGAAGUGUCUGCUGAGAUGCGAAUUUUGUAUCCGGAAGCGUCUGCCGCGGAGCUGCAACAGGCAGUCCAGCGGAUCGGCGAGAACACCUUCGAGGGGGACCAGACAACCUUAGCAGUUGCUGCAACAGCUGCAGCGGCUGCGGGUUCCACCGAAGCCGCGGACGUUCUGGCAGCGAAGUGCCGCCAGCUGCAAAAACUUGGGGCAAAUGGUGUCUGUGCUCUGGGACGCGUUUGGCUGUUGAACGCUUCAGGUCUUAUUGAAGUGCAGCGGAUGGUAGAAGAAAUGCAACGCCAACAGGAGUCGAGACAGCAGCAGUUGUGUUCAAUAGCUGAAGCUGCAGCGUGUAGCAAGCAAAAUACGGCGGCUGCAGUCCACGAUAUGCUUCUGGCGAGGAAGUACCAGAGACGGGCUUACCGGCACUCCCUGCUGAUGCUCGGUGCCCUUGUAGCUCUCUUUCUUUUCUUCUUUCUCCCCACGUCGCCGCUGCUACCUAUGCUGUUCUGGCUCCACGGCGAGUCCCCACCACCGUCCCCUCCGAUACCCUAG